UAAACUGCCCCACCGACAUUCGCUUGGGGCAGUCUGGCUGCGCGGGCCAAUCAGCUGCGGCGAGAAAUUUUAGGGCACACCGUCAAUUUCGCAGGCAGAGGUUAUCUGCGAUAGGUGCCGGUGAUGCUUCAAUUUUCUCUUCCAUAUUCCAUCCAUCCGACAAUUCCAGUCCACGACAAUCAAGAUGCCUCCUAAAACCAAGAAGACCGCCCCUGCCCAGGAGAACGUCUCCCUCGGCCCUCUGGCUGGAGAUGGCAAGCUCGUUUUCGGCGUCGCCCGUAUCUUCGCCUCUUUCAACGACACCUUCGUCCACGUUACCGAUCUCAGUGGUCGCGAAACCCUCUGCCGUGUGACCGGUGGUAUGAAGGUCAAGGCUGACCGCGACGAGUCCUCCCCCUACGCUGCCAUGUUGGCUGCUCAGGAUGUUGCUACUCGCUGCAAGGAACUGGGCAUCAACGCUCUCCACAUCAAGAUCCGCGCCACCGGUGGCAACGGUACCAAGACCCCCGGUCCCGGCGCCCAGUCCGCUCUGCGUGCCCUGGCUCGUUCCGGUAUGAAGAUCGGACGUAUCGAGGAUGUUACUCCCACUCCCUCCGACUCUACUCGUCGUAAGGGUGGUCGCCGUGGUCGUCGUCUGUAAACGUGUGCAGACGCUUUCCAUACAUGGAAUGUGUACCAGGCUGUUUAUGUGCUGGGACUGGUUUUAUGUAUGGACAACCUGCAGGCCUUUUGGCUGGCAAUUGUGGAUGGAAUAAACGCGAAGAACGGCAGUUCCGCCUGGUCUUCAGAUUUCCUUUUUACACAAAAGUUGACUUUACAUGGGUAUUUAACGGUCUGCUAGUUUAUGAUGUACUAGCUGCUGAUUGAAUGAAUGAAAGUACACAACUCUCUUACA